UUUCUUUUUCAGAUAGAGUCAGGACGCUCACAAAUUAAAUAACAGAUCGUUCCCUGACGAUAAGCACCCGCCUUGGAAGGCUAAGAGUCACAGACAAUCUCCCAGGGUAUUAUUCUUACUGCGAACUCUACCACGCAUAAUCAUUCCAAUAUCAGGAUCCCCACCACACCUUCAGGCCCGGACCCUUCCCAUCCACCCAUCAUCGCCCAUUGACACCCAACCGAAACUUGUCACCAUGUCGACACAGAAGGCGUCUGCGGCUCCAACCCAGACAGUAGGACCAGACUACCGACCAGAGUCGCAAAAGCCCAAAGCAACCGUCUCGAAAGAGCCCACCCAGAACAAUGUCACCGUCCUCCCCCAGACUCCCCAGCUCAUCGCCCUCCUCACGAAAAUCCGUGAUAAGAACACGGACCGUGGCGACUUUAUCUUCCACUCUAACAGGAUCAUACGGCUGCUCGUGGAAGAGGGGUUGAACCACCUACCUACGACGGCCCACACCGUGGUGACGCCCACGGGCCAGCACUACGAUGGACUCUCCUUCCAAGGCAAGAUCUGUGGCGUUUCGAUCAUGCGCGCCGGCGAGUCCAUGGAGCAGGGUCUGCGAGAGUGCUGUCGUUCGGUGCGCAUCGGCAAGAUCCUGAUCCAGAGGGACGAGGAGACGUGCCAGCCGAAGCUCUUCUACUCCAAGAUCCCGGAGGACAUCGCCGACCGGUGGGUGCUGUUGCUGGAUCCUAUGUUUGCUACGGGCGGCUCUGCGAUCAUGGCCGUGGAUGUUCUCAAGGAGCGUGGUGUUGCUGAGGAGAGAAUCUUGUUCUUGAACCUCAUUUCCAGCCCAGAGGGCAUUGAGAGAUUCUCGUCCAAAUUUCCGAAGCUGCACGUUAUCACGGCAUUUAUCGACCAGGGACUCGAUGAGAAGAACUACAUCGUUCCCGGACUCGGCGACUUCGGCGACAGAUUUUUUACCAUUUAAAAGACCAUCGCGUCCAUCGUAAAGGAUCUCAAGCCUCCCCGUCCCAAGCGGUGCAGUCUGUCCACCUACUGAGAUCGACGACCGUGGCCGACGAACAUAGUGUCGUUCGCCUCCCUAUCAGUGCAGAGUCUAGUAUUUGGCACUGGAUACGCCUUCAGUGGUGGCAGUAUCCACCCACCGGGCUUGAAGCACUGAUAAUAAGCCCAGGUAUGCUUUUGUUGUUCAAAGUCAGGGCAAAAGCGUGAUUGCUUAUGUAGGUAGCAAGACGCACAUUAUGGCCAGCUUCAAGAACAUGGCCCACGUCUCUCUGGCAGAACCACAUGAAUCCAUAUUGUUAUCCCUUGCUUGCCAGCCGAACGCAUCUCCGUCUCAGUCUUCAAUGUCGUCGCCCACGAUGUCGUCACCCUCGUAGCCCCCGUCGCUAAGGUCGGCGUCGUCACGGAUCUUUUUGGCCUGAGAGCGCGAGGCAGACGUUUCGAGACUACCAAGCUCCGGUCCCUGGCCACUCUGUGCUGCCAACUCAGCGGCAUCGACCCAGUCUGCGUAGACAUCCACAGCGGCCGAGAGAUAGUUUAUAGAGGUGGUGUAGCGCUGUCCGCAGACCUUGCACUCCAGAUUCCCUUGACCGAGUUUCUUCUCGAGCUUGACGUUGACAGAUUUCUCGUGGUUACAGAAGAGACAGCUGAAGACGGUGGGGAGGGGGUCACUCUUCUUUGGGCCCAUGGGCUUGCGGGAACUCUUCUUGCGCUUGCCCAUUAUCGCAACGAUUUCAGGAGGUAUUUGAUAUGGUGAAGAGUGCAGUUGCAGUAUGAUAGAAGAUAAAGAGCCUCUUUCUUGUGGUGGUGG